CCAGAGAGCGAGUAUUGUACUCGUACAGUACAGUGUGAUGGCGGGCAACGAAAUGGGUGGACACUUGCGCUUGCCUCCCUCAUCCGCAUCACCAUCGCCAUCUCUCUCCUCUCUCCUCUCUCUCUAGCAAUCAACCCUAGUCUUCUUAGCUUAGCUGAGCUGACUACCUGGCCUAUCUAGCAAGCUAGCUCCAUCCUUCAACCCCACUCUACACCAGCGCAGCUAGCUCGGCGAUCACUCCAUCGGGAGGAGACCUCGGUUCUUGCUCACAAUAGUCAUCUCCUCGCCUCCACAUCAGCUCAGGGCGAUUCGAUUCAUCAACGAGACUAGGAGAGAGAGCCGCUGGCUGGCUGGCUGUUGUCCCCACAGCGGCACGACGCAGCUGGGCGCGGCUAGUGCAACCGACUGCCGCAAAUCUGCAAGUACCACCACCGCAUGCAGGCCGUGCACAUGCACCAUCGCCCCGCACGGCCGCGAGAUCUGAUCGAUUUUGCAGCGGCUAGCUGAGGAUUCCGUGGAAAUUUCAGCAGCGAGAUGGUGGAUUUUUGUAGCUAGCUUGCGUCGAUCGAGAUGAUGCUCAAGGAUCUGGCGGCAAUUCAGCAGCAGCAGCAGCAGCAGCAGCUGGCCCUGGCCGCGGCGGCGGACGAGAACAUGUCCAACCUCACCUCCGCGUCCGGCGACCAGACCAGCGUCUCCUCCCACCCUCUCCCGCCUCCUUCCAAGAGGAAGCGCAGCCUCCCGGGAAAUCCAGACCCCGACGCGGAGGUGAUCGCGCUGUCGCCGCGGUCGCUCAUGGCCACGAACCGCUACGUGUGCGAGAUCUGCGGCAAGGGCUUCCAGCGGGACCAGAACCUGCAGCUGCACCGGCGCGGCCACAACCUGCCCUGGAAGCUCAAGCAGCGCAACCCCAACGAGGUGGUGCGCAAGAAGGUCUACGUCUGCCCGGAGCCCGGCUGCGUGCACCACGACCGCGCCCGCGCGCUCGGCGACCUCACGGGGAUCAAGAAGCACUUCAGCCGCAAGCACGGCGAGAAGAAGUGGAAGUGCGACAAGUGCGCCAAGCGCUACGCCGUGCAGUCCGACUGGAAGGCGCACUCCAAGGUCUGCGGCACCAGGGAGUACCGCUGCGACUGCGGCACCCUCUUCUCCAGGCGGGACAGCUUCAUCACGCACAGGGCCUUCUGCGACGCGCUGGCGGAGGAGAGCGCCAGGGCCGUCGCGGUGGAUCCGGGGAUGCUCUACCAGCACGGCGGCGCCGCGGGGUUUCAGAUGCCGGCCGUCAUGGACGCGUCGCACCCGCUGGGUGCCGGCCACGGGCUCAUCCAGGAACUGUGCCUCAAGAGGGAGCAGCAGCAGCAGCAGCAACAACAACAGUUCGCGCAGCCGUGGCUAUCGGAGCAGCAGCAGAUGGAGAUGGCCGGCGAGGGCGGCGCCCCGGGGAUGUUUGGCACGGCGAGGAUGGACCAGGAGUUCAACGGGAGCACCACGCCCGAGAGCAGCACGCAGCCGGCGGGCAUGGGCUUCGCGUCCUUCUCGUCGCCCGCGGCGGGGCCGUCCGCCUCCGGGUCCACGCACAUGUCAGCCACCGCGCUGCUCCAGAAGGCGGCGCAGAUGGGCGCGACGCUCAGCCGCCCGUCGGGCCAAGGCCAGAUGGCGCCGAGCACCCUCAGCAGCAGCAGCGUUGGCGGCACCGCCAACAAUAAUGCACCGGCUGCCGCUACUACCACUAACAGCGCGACGACAAGCACUGCCAUCGGCGCUGGAUUCGCGCACACGUUCGAGGCGCCUGCGCACUUCGGGGUGCACCAGAGAUCCAAUUCCAGCAGUCGCAAUGCCGGCAAUGGCGCCACCGGGGCCGGAGGUAGUGGCAAUGCCGGGGGCGGCAACGACGGCCAAACGAGGGACUUCCUGGGGCUGCGGGCAUUCUCCCACGGCGACAUACUCAGCAUGGCAGGGUUCGAUCCCUGCAUGCCCACGUCGGCCUCUGCGUCCGCCGCAGCGUACGAUCAGCAAGGGCACCAGAGCAGCGAGCCAUGGCACGGCUAGCAAGGUACAGUGCUAGUGAUGAACAUCGCUACCAGCUGGCUAGCUCGCCAUCGAUGAGCUGAACCGUGUCAAUUCGAUGCACCAUGCCAUGGCCUAAUCUUCAUCGUCUCUGGAUGCCCAGCAUUGCCCUCGAUCGUAUAUGUCAAGUUUCUCAUUGGGUAAGUGGUCGAUAUCCAGUUCGUUUUUGUUGCAUGCCACUCAGUUUGAUCUUCUUUUCGGAGGAAAUAAUGAACUGUUCAAAUUCAUGUAUAUGCUAGAGAUGAAGGUGCUCUAUAUAUCGAACUUGCAAAUAAAUUCUUUUCAUGCUACA